UUUGACUCCAUUCCCCCCAAAAAGCUUAAAACUCUAUCCACACUACCGACGUGAGGGGAUUUUCCUUUGUCAUUGGCUAGAACUUAAUGCAGCCAAUCUUGUCCAUAUAGUUAGGAGCUUAAAAGCAUUGAUAGAGCAAGAAGGAAUCAGCAGCAAAUCAUGGCCAUGGAGAUCCAACUUUUGUCCAGACUUGUCCUUUCUGUCGUGUGCGUCGGUGUUUUAGGACUGUUUUUCCGGCUGUAUAAUGCGCUUGUGGCGGACCCAUGCCGGCUUCGCUCCGCCCUGCGGAGGCAGGGGUUGCGUGGGCCACAGCCUACUUUCCUUCUUGGUAACAUAUUGGAGAUGAAAAGGGCCAGGGAUGUAGCUGCCAAGGCCGCUACCGUUAACAGCCAACCGACCUCCCACAACUGUGGCGCUGCCCUUCUUCCCUUUUUUGAAGAGUGGAGGAAGAUAUACGGGGAUGUGUUUAUGUUUUCACUUGGCAACACGCAGAUUGUGCAUGUGACUCAACCGGAGAUGGUGAGGGAGAUAACUACGUGCACGUCGCUGGACUUGGGGAAGCCGACGUAUCAAGCAAAAGAAAGAGGCUCUUUACUUGGACAGGGCAUUCUCACCUCAAAUGGACCUCUAUGGGCUCACCAGAGAAAGAUUCUUGCACCUGAACUCCACAUGGACAAAGUUAAGGGGAUGAUAAUUUUGAUUCAAGAUUCGACUAUCGCAUUACUGAAUUCAUGGAGCAAUAUAGUUGAGAGAGAGGGUGGAUUAGCGGACAUUAAUAUUGAUCAGGACAUGAGGAUCUUCUCAGGGGAUGUGAUCUCUAGAGCUUGUUUCGGGAGUAGUUACUCCAAAGGUGAAGAGAUUUUCAUGAAGCUCAGGGAACUCCAAGAAGUUGCAUCCAAGAAAAGUUUGGCCACAGGGAUUCCAGGCAUGAGGCAUCUACCGACAAAGAGCAACCGGGAGGCGUGGGCGCUUGAGAAAGAGGUCAAAACAUUGAUCAUGAAUGUGGUGAAGGAAAGAAUCGAAGCGGGUUCUGAACAUGACUUGCUGCAAAUGGUAAUUGAAGGAGCUAAAAAUAGCAACCUGAGCGAAGAUGCAAUUGAUCGAUUCAUCGUUGACAACUGCAAGAACAUAUACUCGGCGGGCUACGAGACAACGGCAGUUUCAGCAUCAUGGUGCCUAAUGCUGUUGGCGUCACAUCCUGAAUGGCAAGAAAAAAUCCGGGCAGAGGUUCUUGAUAUCUGCAAGGGCCAAACCCCAGAUGCUGAAAUGACUCGGAAAAUGAAGCUGCUAACAAUGGCAAUUAAUGAAUCGCUACGUCUGUAUCCUCCUGUUUCGGUCAUAUCAAGGGAGGCCUUGAAGGACUUGAAAUUUGGGAGCAUCAAGUUUCCCAAGGGUGUGAACCUGUGGACGUUAGUGACAACUUUACAUACUGACCCUGAAAAUUGGGGGCCUGAUUCCUACCAAUUUAACCCUGAGAGGUUUGUCACUGGGAUCACUGGAGCAUGCAAGUCGCCUCAUUUAUACAUGCCAUUCGGGGUCGGACCUCGGGUGUGUUUAGGCCAAAACUUGGCAUUGGUUGAACUCAAGAUAUUGAUAUCAAUGAUUUUGUCUAAGUUCUCAAUCUCCCUGUCUCCCAAGUAUGUUCACUCACCAGCACUCAAUUUGGUCAUUGAGCCCGGCCAUGGAGUUAAUCUUUUGAUUCAACAGUUGUAGGCUUAAUUGUAACUUCUAUAUGUACUAUUGUACUUUCUUCAUUUCUUCAUUUCUUCAUUUCUUCCUUGAUGAUGGAGUUGAGACAAAAAUCCCUUUGUGUGGGGAAAUGAUAGAUAAUGAGCUCCCGACACACUUCAGGACAUCGUCCCACUUACCAACCUACGACGUGACCAACGACCCAGCGGAACCCCUCAGCAAGUUUGAGAAUGUUGUCCUGUUGCGCAACAAUACUAAUGGAGUUCAAUUUUGUGU